GCCAUCGAUUAUUUACCAGCUCUAUGGCAGGGAUUGUUAUUUGGAAAUAUAAUGUCAAAUAGUGAAUCUGAAAAUACUGAUAAUGGCGAGAAAUCAUCGAAACUCAAAAAGUUUCGUUCCAAAAAUAUGGACGACCUUAAAACAAUGCAAAGGGAGGAGUUGUGUGCAUACAUUGAAAGUCUUCAUGGUGUCCUAAAACAGCAGGAAAAGAAACUCAAGAAAUACAAGGAGAAACUACGUAAACUGGAAGCUAAAAUCAAUAUUCCAAAAGAGGAUAAAGAAGACAAGCAAUCUCCCGAUAACCCACAAGCGACUGCCAAUUCAAACGAAAAGAAAGAGACGAAUGAGACGGAUGAUUUAUCUGCUGUUGAUGCUUUCAGUUUCGUCGAUGAAAUGCGACAGGCUGCACAAAAUGCUCAAAACAUAAAUAAUUUCAUAUACGAGCCAACAUCAGGAUUAUACUAUGACCAAAAGUCAGGUUAUUACUACAAUGCGGAAUAUGGUCUCUAUUACGACGGAAACACCGGUUGUUAUUAUAGCUUUAAUCAACAAAAGAACUGCUACGAAUUUCAUUCGCAGGUUCAAGUGCAGGCUUCUAAAACAACAAAUGACACCAAUAACGAUGCCUACCUAGAGAAACACGAAAAUCAGGCUGAUGAUGAUAUUGACGAAGUGGUUUUCGACGAAUUUGGCGUUGUAACAGACCGGGAGAAAUUAAAAAAACUUCGAGAAGAAAAGGAACGCACGGAAAAAUCUAGAAAACACAAAAAGAAAUCCACAAAGGAUGAGGAUAAGGAAGGCAAACAUCCGAAAAAACAUAAAACAUCGCAUAAAAGCCGAAAACGUUCGAAACGGGACUCGGCGGAGCCCCAUAGUGAUUCGGAUGGUAAAAAGGGCAAGAAAUCUAGGACAACUCCCAAAGAUAUGGAAGAUGGUGAAUUAUCAUCGAAUUCAAGUAGUUCUUCUGCCUCAUCUCAAAGUGAUUCUGAGGAAGAUGAAAGGCAAAAAGUAAAAAUAUUUAAAAGCGCUGGAAGGUUUCAAGACAUUGCCAAAAAAUAUCCGCCAUCAUUGCGCAUUAUUGUGCAAGAGUCCAAUUUAGAGGGACUAAAGGUUGGAAGUCUAAGUUUAAUAACAUACAAAGGUGGCAGUCUUGGACGCGAAGGCAAUCAUGAUGUUAUAAUACCGGAUGUAAAUGUUUCGAAGUUCCACCUAAAAUUUACGUACGAACACAAAAAAGGAAUCUACAAGUGUGUAGAUUUGGGCUCGCGAAAUGGUACCAUAUUGAAUGGUAUACGUAUGUCGGCCUCGAAGACUGAAAGUGAGUCGCAUGACUUGGUCCAUGGCAGUGUACUACAGAUUGGACAAACCAAGCUGCUGUGUCACAUACAUGAGGGCAACAGUACAUGUGGGCUAUGUGAGCCAGGUUUGUUGAUAGAAGCAACUCGUGAGGUCUCAGCGGGUCCAACACUCUCACACAAGGAACAACUGAAAAAACUACAAAGAAAAUAUGGCUUGGAGAAUGAAAAAUUCACAGAGGGCCAACAGAAUGCAAGCAGCAGCAGCUAUCAAGAUAGGGCUGCCACGAGACGUUUAAAUGUUGGUAGCAGCUCUGAUAAAGAAAAAACACAAACAGCUUCUGUGGACACGGCAAUUUCUAGUGAAAACAAAGGAUUCAAAAUGCUAUCGAAAUUGGGUUGGAAUAAAGGUGAAACCUUAGGAAAAUCUCAGGCUGGUGGUCUUCUAGAACCGAUAAACGUUGAAGCGAAUGCUGGCACUAAAGGAUUGGGCUGUGAUGAUCCGACAGCUGGUAUAUCCUUGAACUCGUCGGCUAAGAAAAAAUUUGAGCUAAUGCAAAAGACAAAGGAGCGGUAUCAAAAAGCUGAUAUUUUUAGUAUUAGCGAUGAUAGUAACUAAUUACAAAAUAAUUAUUUAUUUGUAUUGAAUUUGAGUAUCAAUAAUAAAUAAAAUGCUUAAAAUAAA